CAAAACGGUUCGAACGCAGAUUCACUCAAGAAAGUACUGGCGGUAAAAAUGAUAUUAUAUAUUUUAAGUUCAACAAUUUGCAAUAUAAAAAUCUAAUUAUUAAUAAUGUUAUUCAAAAAGAAUGGUGUUAAAUUUUAAUUUUAGCAAGUACAUAAUACAUGCAACCGCAAAAAAAAUAUGCGAAUAGAAAAAAGUUUUGUGAAAAAAUUUGUUAAAGAAUUGUGUAAUCUGUAAUAUGUGUAAUUUAUUUCAAAUUGUAAAUUGUGGAUACAGGGAAAACUAAAUCUAGUACACAUAUAGAUAAAUAAGUCUUAUUUCCUACAAGUGCAUAAUACAUAAGAAAUAGAUGCAUCCGUAUACAUAUUGAGCUCUAAAGUACAUUCAUACCAAAAAUUAUCAAACAUAUUUUUAAACACAUGUAUGUGUGUCGUGGAGUUAGGAUUUUUGUAUUCUGGUCAUUCGCGUUGCAGAACAAUUAAGGAUUACUUACACACAGAUGAGUAUGAAGAAACAUAUGUUUAAAUACACAAGUUCAGCUGAUGGUGCACAAAAUUUACAUUUGAGUACUUGAAUAGUACAAACAUUGUACAUACACACAUACAUACAAUAGAAUUGCGAUGCAACAUGCAAAUUACAAAUUUAAUUACCCGUUAAAUGUUCAACUUACAGUUAACAUUUAAAUGAAUACAAAUUAAAAGUUUCAACAACCACAAAGGUACCAAUUUAAAGAAAGCAUGGAAAAAAGUAAGAACCCCUCUUCAUAAUUAUUAAACACAAAAUCGACAAGUGAAAUUAAUGGAAAUAACUAACAACAAAAUAAAUAAAAACUAAUUUUCAAAUAAAGUAGUUAAUUAAAAAAAUUAUGCUGAAAAAUUUUACAGAAAUGAAAAUUCAACAACCGGAAUUUAAACAAAACCGCAAAAGCGCACAAGGAAAACACACUAAUGAUUUUGUAUUUUUAUUUCACAAGGAAAUCGAACUUUUACUUUUUCCCAAAACAUAAACCAAAAUUAAACACAAAACCAUAAUAUCCGUUUUCUAAAUAAGCAAAAUGUACUGAGAGUACAGUGCAGUGGCGAAUAACGGUUUUCUACUUUUGUUAAUUUUAGAAUAUUUUAUAAGGAAGUUAUUUAAGAAUGAAAUUUUAGAAUCGGAAAUAAAGUGAAACUAAAAAUGAAUUAAAAGAAAAUCCUGAGUAAUAACCGAUCGAUUUGUAUAAAUUUAAAAAUAAAUGUGUCGAAUAAAUUUAUUAUUGUCAAAAUAACAUGGAUGACAUUUUCAAAACUAACCAAGUUAAUGAGAUAUUCAGUGGAAACAGAAAUAUCAGCAAUACAUGGCAGUUAAACACGGUUACCAGCUCUAGUGAAGUAUACCAGCUGCAACUACAAACAUCAUUUUUGAUACGACCCGGCCAAACGUAUCAGCAACAAGAGAUUGACACUAUAUUUAUAAAUAGUGAUAAUACUGAUAGCAACAUUACUACAUUCGACUACGAUUACAAUCUACUUUACAAAGAAUCUGUUGGAUCCGACGUCAGUGCGAUUACAACAACUUCUACCUCUAUUGUCACCACCUUAACAUCAAAUAGUGCACCUACUGAAACAUUUCCUUCUUCCACAACUUUAUUUUUGGACAAUACCCAUUUAAACAACAACUAUUGGGCCUUAUUAGCUUUGAUACUUGUGAUUGGCACUGCUGCCGGUAACAUUCUGGUGUGUCUGGCCAUUGCAUGGGAACGACGUUUGCAAAAUGUCACAAAUUAUUUUCUCAUGUCUUUGGCAAUAACAGAUUUAAUGGUUGCAGUUCUAGUAAUGCCUCUGGGUAUAUUGACGUUAGUCAAAGGCUACUUUCCUUUGGGCUCAGAGCACUGUCUGACGUGGAUUUGUUUAGAUGUGCUGUUUUGUACUGCCAGUAUUAUGCAUUUAUGUACCAUUUCGGUUGACCGCUAUUUAUCUCUUCGUUAUCCGAUGCGCUUUGGACGAAACAAGACACGGAGGCGUGUAACUCUAAAAAUUGUAUUCGUCUGGUUACUAUCUAUUGCCAUGAGUUUACCAUUAAGUUUAAUGUAUUCAAAGAAUCAUGCCUCUGUAUUGGUUAAUGGUACAUGUCAGAUACCAGAUCCCGUGUACAAACUAGUAGGAUCGAUAGUUUGCUUUUAUAUUCCCUUGGGUGUCAUGCUGCUAACUUAUUGUCUGACUGUGAGGUUACUGGCACAGCAACGUCAGAAUCUUGGUGGAACCAAUCAAACUGCAACACCCGGUUGGGCAAGUGGAUGGUUGGGGCAAACACCAGCAUUGGAAAGACGUUGUACAUGGCGACGUCUUUUAAAAACAGGCCACAAUACUACUACAGCCGUGGCACAUGCUCAUUCGGCAAACUCAACAGAUACAGAAUUAUCAACAUUAGAUAAUCAUGAACUGUGGUUACCGGAGUCAAGUGUACCUGAAACAAAACAUACAACAAUGACUGCAUUGCAACAAUUUGGGGCAGAAAUGCUUAAACUAUCGAGAGGUUUAGAAUCUGUAGCUUCUUCUUCAACAACAUCCCCUACCAAAUCCGAAUUAUCAACUGGAUAUUUGUUGUCUUUUCCACACAUGCCUUUACAAAAACAAAACUCUUUGCAGCAAUACUCUUUACCUCAUCACCAACAAUUCGAGCUACACAAUCAACAUCACCAAAAUGUACAUAACCAAUUGCAGUUGCACACGAGCACAAAUCAACAACAAUUAUCCACCGGACAUCGGUCGUCGAAACAUCAAGAACAACAUGAUCUAAAUUUAGUAGACAAACCAAAGUUCAUAAAAAACCAUGAGUAUCGGGCAAUUACUACUUCGUCAUCAUUAACAAACCCUACAAAACCAUUUCUAACAGUCAUGACUUUCUCACAGGACUUUAGAACACGAAAGCGGUCCUUAUCGCCGGUGUCCGGAAGCUGUAAAUAUAUUUUUACUAAAAAAAGAAGAGCUUCUAUGGCAGCUCACAUACCACCACCUAAUACUCCAACUACUCCAUUGCCACAAAGACGAAAUCGUUUCUAUAGUUUACCAAAAAAUAUUUUAUUAGCACGACAAUCGACUACAUCGCUUACAAAGAACUCCUCCGAUGAGCUGCUGUCUACAAAGACAACGAGUUCUCCAAAUAAAACAUACUACUCCGAUUCUGAGGUGGAUGGUAAAGACAGUGGAAAACACAAAAAAUGUUCAGCCGAAGACAAUGAUUCAGAAUUUCUUCAGUUGCCUCCUAUAUGCACGUGUCCGUAUUUUGGCAACAAACCCCUGCAGAACUGCUUAAAGCCGGCAGAAGUUAAAAUUAUACCAACCACUUUCAGGAUGACAACAACAUCGCCCAGCGACAUUGUAACUACAUCGACAGGAGAUGAGAGCAGUUUAGUCUUAACUAACACUACAACAACAUCUAGUUUAAGUCCACAUACUGUCCCCAUCUUGAACUGCAAUCAUUCGGCAAGUUCCCUGACGGUUCACUCCACUAGCGAUGGUUGCUAUUUAACUGCUCCUCAAACACCAAAACGAAAAUUAAGCAUAUCAAAAACUGCCUCCAUUGUAACGUGGGAUUCGGGGAGACAUCGCAGAAGGGGUUCCAGUUUUGGUGGAGCACACACUUCUUUGCUGCUAACACCCACUAAAACAGGCUCUUUAACAACAUCUACGUCGGCGACACCGUUGAGAAGAUCGGCCACUUUAAGAAGUCAUAAAAAUAUGAAUUACAGUGCCGCCGACAUGGCUCCUGCAAGUUCGAUGAAAACAAAAUCCAAAUCCCCCCACUCGUCACCAUGCCUUUUGCAACGCAAUCAAACAAUAAGGUCACACCAUUCUCGAAAUUCCAGUGUGAUUUCAAGAAACUCCUCACGCCAUGGCCGUAUAAUUCGACUCGAACAAAAAGCCACUAAAGUAUUGGGGGUGGUAUUUUUCACAUUUGUAAUCUUGUGGUCACCAUUCUUCGUGCUGAAUCUUUUGCCCACCGUAUGCGGAGAUUGCGAAGACAAUAUAGACCAUUGGGUGUUCGACGUGGUCACCUGGUUGGGAUAUGCUAGCUCUAUGGUAAAUCCCAUAUUCUACACAAUCUUCAAUAAAGUAUUUAGACAAGCCUUUAAAAAGGUACUCUUGUGCCGCUACGCAAGUGGGUCAGGGUGGCGGCCACAUAGGUAGCAUACGCCGGUUCCAACGACCGCAUUCAAAAAUAUUGCUGAAAAUAAAAAAAGUGAUAAGAGUCAUUCCGUCGAAAUUCUUGGGGACAACAGAUCAACAGGCUUAGACACAGUUGGUAGUUUUAAACCAAAAUCAUCUAUUGUUAAAAAUUUCGGUUGGAGGUUCUCUUCGAAAAGUAGCCGUAGCAGGUAAAACAUUAACAUUACACCAGUGGUAAUUACACAUAUAGCAAUAACAAUACAUUCCUUUUUAAUUAUAAUUGUACAAAUAAAAGUAGUAUAAUAAGAAAAUAUUCCCUAAAACCUAAAGUAUUUUAAUGAAAUUUUAUUUUGUUUAGAAACACUUAUCAAGAAUCAUGAUGUAUAAUUG